CCCUCCCUCCACUCCUCCCGCUGCCCCCCCCCGCCGCCCCCCUCCCCUCCCCUUCCCCUCCCCGCACUUGGUCUCCUCCGUCUCCAACUUCUCGGGCUCUGCCCCCUCCCGCCCCCUCCUCCCGCCCCCCCCGCGCCCCCCCCGGAGGCUCCCCCCGCUCCCUCCCUCCCUCCCUCCCUCCCUCCCUCCGCAGAUGCCGCUUCCCCGGCGGCCGGGACGGCGGCCCCCGGCACCUGCCCGGCGCUGAGCCCCGGGGGGGGUCCGGGGGGGUCCCCGGGGCACCCCCUGAGCCCGUGCCAUGUUCUCGGUGCAGGAGGCGCUGCCCCGGGGGGGGGUCCCCAUGAAGGAGGAGCCGCUGAGCGCGGGGCUGCCCGCCGGCCGCUGGCUGCAGGGCACCGGCAUCCUGGACGCCAGCACGGCGGCGCAGAGCGGGGUGUCCCUGGCCCGGGCUCACUUCGAGAAGCAGCCGCCGUCCAACCUGCGCAAGUCCAACUUCUUCCACUUCGUGCUGGCCAUGUACGACCGGCAGGGCCAGCCCGUGGAGGUGGAGAGGACCUGCUUCAUCGACUUCGUGGAGAAGGAGCGGGAGCAGAACGGGGAGAAGACCAACAACGGGAUCCACUACCGGCUGCAGCUGCUCUACAGCAACGGGCUCCGGACAGAGCAGGAUCUCUACGUGCGGCUCAUCGACUCCAUGUCCAAGCAGGCCAUCAUCUACGAGGGGCAGGACAAGAACCCCGAGAUGUGCCGGGUGCUGCUCACCCACGAGAUCAUGUGCAGCCGCUGCUGUGACAAGAAGAGCUGCGGGAACCGCAACGAGACCCCCUCGGACCCCGUGAUCAUCGACAGGCACGGGGGGCACGGGGGGCACGGGGGGGGG